GAUACAAAAUUUGAGUGGCCAGACAUACAAUGCAUCUCUGUGAAGCCGUUGUCAGGGCUGUCAAGAGGAGGGGAAAAAGAGCAAAGACAUCUUAAGCUUCCCCGGAGUGCCAGCAGCCAUGAAGCUUCGACUGCACUUUGUGGUGGACCCCAUGGGCUGGCUGUGUAUCAGCAUGGUGUUUGGGAUCUGGCUCUACAACACUUUCUUUAUUCCUAAACUGGUUCUACUUCCACACUACAAUGAAGGACACAUUCCUUGGGCCAUUGUUGUUUGUUAUUACAUAGCAUCAGGACUCUGCAUAGCGGCGCUAUUCAGAGCUUCCACAGCAGAUCCUGGCCGUCUUCCUGUGGACCCCCACAUACCUCACUCUGAGCGAGAGCACUGGGAGUUGUGCAAUAAGUGCAACUUAAUGAGACCUAAAAGGUCCCACCACUGCAGUCGUUGUGGCCAUUGUGUACGCAGAAUGGACCACCACUGUCCUUGGAUCAAUAACUGUGUGGGAGAAGACAACCACUGGCUCUUCCUGCAGCUCUGUUUCUACGCUCAGGUCCUCAGUUUGUUCACCCUGGUGCUGGACUUCUGCCAGUACUAUUACUUCCAGCCACUGACAGGACUAGACCAGGAGAAGUUUACAACACGCCAUGAAUUGGCUCUGCUGCGAGUCUCAGCGCUCAUGGGCUUGGUCAUGUUUGGUGGCAUGACUAGCUUGUUUUACACUCAGAUGACGGGCAUCCUCUCUGACACUACCACCAUUGAGAAAAUGGCUCUGUUCUCAAAUGAAAUUUAUGGCUCAAAGAGGUCCUGGCAGUGGGCACUAGCUGAAGUUUGCGGCACUCGCUGGAAACUCCUGUGGCUCAACCCGCUCCGAAGCAGGCAGCCGCUCCAAGCCAGCCACCACUUCCGCACCCACGUGUAGGCCAGUAGCACUAUAGUACCUCCUACCUACACAGAUGGCCCAGACUGGCAGUAAAAACAGGGUCAAGAAACACCUAAGGGAGUAAAUGAUGCUUUUUUACUCACUGUGACUGCUACUUUGAGCAUUUGGAAACCACUUUUAAUGGCUAAUUGCACCAGAAGGAUGGAAGUCAUCUGAAAGAAGCUGGCGAAAGGGACCCCUCUCAGGUUACUUUAAGAGCCUUUACUACUGACCUUCAAUCAACUACAGAUAGAACUAGGGUAACUCCAGUGUGUCUAUUAGAAAGGCAUUUUUUUGUAUAAAGUUUGUGCCUUGUUUCUUUUAACUAUGUCCUUUUUAUUUGUCAUGCAUGAUCAAUGUUUUUGUUUUAUAUUUUCUGGUUGGUGAUCUUCUAGUUAGGAAAUUUCUUGUGAAUAGUGAAGGGAUCUGGAAUCAACUGCAUUCCUUUAAUUGGUGAUCGUUUGAUGAUUCAUGAAUGUUUUCUUGUAUUGUUCUAUGAACGUUUUCUGAAGUGAUGUUUUAUGAAGCAUGGCCGCAGAAAAAAGUUACGUGAAUACUGAUAAAUGAUACUUUCAUGACAAAUGACCAGCUGGGUACGAAUAUGUGCAAUAACAAGCAGACAGUUAACACUUCACCAUGCCAUGGUAAAAUCCAAUAUUAGAAACAAGUUCAUACUAUCAAAUCUUAGGCUGUAUGUGUCGUAGUCAAACCUGCUGUAUAAUCAAAUUGUUUCUCUGAGUAUAGCAAACAUUCCACAGCAAUUUAUAUCAUGACCUGAUUAUAACCUGUUGUGAAAUCCUUAUUGAAGGGGUUCGAGUGUCACAAACUAUCCUCAAAGAUAACUUAAAUCACAUCUUAAAAGAAUAGUUUGAAAUACACUUUUUCGCUUUCUUGCCGAGAGUUAGAUGAGAAGAUCGAUACCACUCUCAUGUCUGUCAUGUUAUAUCUUGCUUGUUUAAUCCAUAGAAAAAACAAAGUGUAAAAAAGACAAGUUGUGGUUUUACAGGGGGUUUAUGUCUUUAUGCUAAGUUAAGUUAACCACCUGCUGGUUGUAGCUUCAUAUGAAGUGUACAGACAUGUAGGUGGUAUCGAUUUUCUCAUCUAACUCUCGACAAGAGAGCAAAUAAGCGUAUAUCCCAAAAUAUCUAACUAUUCUUUUAAAUCAGUAUGUCAGACAAUGUUUAGCUUAAGUCUGCUCUGUCAACCAUAGCACUUAAAAUGCAUGACCUUUGAACACGUCUUUCAUUUUAGUACUCCGGAAGAUAUAAUUUGUGAUUUAUACUAUAAUUUUAGUGCUGCAUCAGUAAGGUCGUAAAUGUGACUAAACCAAUGGCUUUAUAAAUGCGUAUCUUGCUACUUUAUUAGGCUACGUGUGGUAACAUACAGCUAGUUAACACUUGAUACAACACUGACAGUUUAUUUAUUUUUGUUUUGCUGUAACCCUAUGGUACUGUUUAGAGAUUUUAUUGAAUUCUUUAACAGGAUACUUAGAGAGAUGAUGAUUCAGCAGUGCAUAAUAAUACUAGCAUAGCUGUGUUGUCAUUGUCUAUAAUACUUGGCAAUCCCAUAGCUAAACCUGUACAUAAACAAAGCUUGUCGUGUGGGAAAUAUUACAAUACCCAAGUAGUUUAAGUGCCUUUCUAGGUCUUCUUUUGACUCUCACUGUACAUCAUCAUCAUGUUGGUCUCCAUAAAAGCUAAAGACCUGGGGAAAUGUUGCAAUAGUCAGCAAGCAUUCAGUAAACGCAUGUUUCACCAAAUUUCUGAAGGUAGCGGUUCAAUAUUAUGCACUGAUUUUCCCAUCAGCUCACAGUCUGUUUUAGUACAUUAAUAGAAAGUCUUGACUUUAUUUUAUUUGCUGUGUAUCCUUUGUUUUAUUCGUAUCUUUAAUCUGAUUGUUUGCAUUUGCAUGAGUGUGUGUUGAUAACUUUGCUCAGUGGUUUUUAUAACUCAGAUUCAGGUUCUUGGAUGUUUGUGUGAAUUAUUACUAUUAAUUUUUGGCGGCGGGAUAAUGGGUGGGCAGAUGUGUGUGAUUGGCUUUAACCAUUUCUUUUACAAAUAGUUUUUGAAAGCAAUAAGCAUUGUGAAUCUGUAAAGCCACCCUUAUUGUUACAGCAGUAGUGAAAAUCUGGUAUGUAUUGUGAAGUAUGUAAACUGGAUGGGGUUUCACUCAUUACUCACUGACCAGUGAAAACCUGACUUAAACAUUUGUCCAUACUUCAGUAACCUUAGCCAAGAUCAACACUACUGUAGCUGCUGUGUAUAGUUUUACAGUAUAUCUUCAAAUAACAACAUGUAAGCCUCAAUGCCUCAUGUUGUUAGGGACUGGAUAACAGAAAGGCUUGGUUCAUUUGAUUUGAAUCAAGAGCUGCAGGAGACUGGAGGUGUGAGCAUUUCAGAGAUACUGUGCUCACACAUCCAUUAUCUGUCGUCCCCCAGGGCUCUCAGUUUGGAUCUGUGCAGUUUUGUUCACAUUGUUCUUUUGCUGUUUUUGGAAUGUGUUUUCAAGCUUUAUUUUGUUUCAUUCAGACCUCAAACACUGGAACAGUGAAGUUUUGUGAAUUAAAUGGAUACACCAUAAAUAUAUUAUCCAUUUCUUUAUGUCUAGAAAGCCUAUGAUUGUCAAUUAAUUAUAUUAGAAAACUGUAUUAAUUGUGAUUAUAGAAAAUAUCAUAUAGGUAUUCAAAUUCUAAUAAAUUAGAUUCUGGAUUUGAA